AAGUAGCCUCCGAAUUUCCAGUGUCUUUUUCCCCACUUGGAAUUGAACCCAGAAGGACAUUUCUUCCAACAGUAGGACACUUGCUUUGACCAGAAAAGGUAGCUUCAAUCCCUAGCAUUUUAGGUUGAAAGGAUGAUGCUAGAAGACUGCUGGUAGGUCACAGAAGGAUGCUUCAGGUGGACAAUGAGGUAAUGAGGAAUAUAACAACUUAUUCCUUUCCUACUGGAAACUCCAAAAAUCCCUAGUGAGCUCUAGCCAAUGUUUACACUUUGCUAGGGGUGGGGCCGCAAAGUUUCUGUGUAAAUCUGGAGGAGGUAGUAAUAGCCUUGGCAAUUCCCUCACUAUCACUUUCAAUACCUCCUGUACUGUGGAUGAGGAAACAUGAAGUUUCACCUUAUCCUCAUCGCAUUUGGGAUUGUCCUAGUUCAUCAUAUGUCUGACGCUGUAUUUCCUGUCUUCUUUGACUGUUGCACAGAAGUAGCCCAGCAUAUCCCCAAGAGAUGGUUAAGAAGAGUGGUGAAAUAUGAGAGACAAAAGAGUGAUGAUUUAUGCAGAAUACCAGCUGUGAUCCUUCACACCAGGCGCAAAAAGGUAUGUGUAAGUCCACUGAAUGAAAAUGUGAAGAGAUGGAUAAAGCAGAUGACCAGGUGUUGCCAGAAAAGUGAUCCAGAGAUCUGGAAGAAAAGGAAACUCAGAAGGGGGAGGAAAACUAUGAGGAAAGAUCAUAUAUUUGCAAUGUGCAAGAAAGAAAUCUGUGCUACGCAAUAAAUAUGACAAAAGUCUCAGAAUAACAGAUCCCAUAAA